AUGGAGAGAGGUAAACCCGACACGCUUGUCACGUAUGCUGAAUGGGACAAGCUCAUCCACCAGAGCUUUGGACGAUGUUUCUUUAGUCCUACAGAUCCCGCUGAAGGCAGCAAUGACAAGAUUAGCUUCAACCCAACUUUUGCACCUGAACGGUUUGAUUUGAGUCAUGCACGAGUUACUUUGAAGAUGGUUGAAGAUGUAGUUGCUGGACCUCUUGGUGUCAAGACGCUUGAUCCUUCUGACUGGGCAUAUCAACCCGUUUACGACAAUACCAACGAUUCGGCAGAUCCAACUACUGCACACGGCUUCAAUUAUCAUAACGGACCUGAAUGUAUAUGGUUGUAUGGCUACUAUCUACCCGCAUAUGUACACUUGGAGUGGAAGGCAGCUGGUAGUAAUUCUGACAGGUAA